UCUGUCUCUGUCUCUGUCUCGAUCUCCACACGCCAAUUUUGCCUCCAGUGUCCGAUUUGGAGGAGCAAUCUCUUCCGCCAUUCUCGCCAUUACCGUGACCAUCGCCGUCGUGCAUCGUCCCAUCAUCAUUCUCCUCCUCCUCCUCCUCCUUCCAUUGGAGCUUGCUCUGGCUCGCUGCUGCUUCUGAAUCAUCGCGGAAUUCGAGAUCGGCACCGAGAGAAGCGGCUCUGAACACAGCUCAUUGGAAAGGCAUUGCUGGCGCCGGAAAUGGACGCCGGGGGAGCUGAACGUAGUCGGCCUCUUGUCUUCGCCUACUACGUCACCGGCCAUGGGUUCGGCCACGCCACUCGCGUUUUCGAGGUUGUUCGUAAUCUUCUUCUGGCAGGGCACGAGGUGCAUGCAGUUACUGGUGCUCCCGACUUCGUCUUCACUUCCCAGAUAAAGUCUCCGAAACUAUUUCUCCGCAAGGUGUUGCUGGACUGUGGAGCUGUCCAAGCUGAUGCCUUAACAGUUGAUCGUCUUGCUUCUUUGGAGAAGUAUUCUCAAACAGCAGUGGCCCCUCGUGCAUCGAUCUUAGCUACAGAAGUUGAAUGGCUGAAAUCUAUCAAAGCUGAUUUAGUGGUUUCAGAUGUUGUACCAGUUGCAUGCCAAGCAGCAGCAGAUGCUGGAAUUCGUUCUGUCUGCGUCACCAACUUUAGUUGGGACUUUAUCUACUCAGAAUAUGUUAUGGCUGCUGGGCAUCACCAUCGUUCCAUCGUAUGGCAGAUUGCUGAGGACUAUUCUCACUGUGAGCUUCUGAUUCGUCUACCUGGAUACUGUCCAAUGCCUGCAUUUCGUGAUGUCAUAGAUGUACCCCUUCUUGUGAGAAAGGUACAAAGGUCCAAGGAAGAGGUGAGAAAAGAACUUGGAGUUGGUGACGAUGUGAAGCUACUUAUCUUCAAUUUUGGAGGGCAGCCAGCUGGGUGGAGUUUGAAGGAGGAAUUUCUACCUCCUGGUUGGGUGUGUUUGGUUUGUGGUGCUUCUGAUAAACAGAGUCUUCCUCCAAGAUUCAUCAAGCUCAAGAAAGAUGUAUAUACACCUGAUGUCAUUGCAGCCUCAGACUGCAUGCUUGGAAAAAUUGGGUAUGGAACAUUCAGUGAGGCCCUGGCAUAUAAGUUGCCAUUCAUCUUUGUUCGGCGGGAUUAUUUUAAUGAAGAGCCUUUCUUGAGAAACAUGCUUGAGUACUACCAGGGUGGUGUUGAGAUGAUAAGGAGAGACUUGCUCACUGGAAGAUGGAAGCCCUACCUUGAACGAGCUCUUACCCUUAAGCCAUGCUAUGAGGGAGGUAUUAAUGGCGGUGAGGUAGUGGCACAGAUAUUAGAGGACCUUGCUGUUGGAAAAACUUGUGCUUCGCAUAAGAUAAGUGGAGCAAGGAGAUUGCGCGAUGCAAUUGUACUUGGAUAUCAGUUACAGGGAGUUCCAGGGAGAGAUGUUAGCAUUCCAGAUUGGUAUUCUCUUGCUGAAAAUGAACUAGGUCUUUUAAAGGCAUUACCAAGAGCUGCAACUUCGCUGGAAAACUCCCUACCUGCAGGACAAACUGGAGAAUUUGAAAUUCUUCAUGGAGAUCUCAAGGGAUUUCCAGACACACAGAAUUUCUUGGCUUCCUUAGCCUCCGAUAUGGACAGUGUCCUAGGACAUAGUCCUACUCAUCAUACGCGGGAACAUAUGGCUGCUGCUGCACUAUUCAACUGGCAGGAGGAAAUUUUUGUGGCAAGAGCUCCAGGGAGGUUGGAUGUAAUGGGUGGGAUCGCAGACUAUUCGGGAAGCCUGGUUUUGCAGAUGCCCAUCAGAGAGGCAUGUCAUGUUGCUAUUCAGAUCAGUCAUCCUAGCAAGCAUAAGCUGUGGAAACAUGCACAGGCCAGACAAGAAAUCAAUGGAGGGACACCAACUCCAGUUCUUCAAAUUGUAUCAUUUGGGUCGGAGUUGAGCAAUCGGGGACCAACUUUUGACAUGGAUUUGUCUGAUUUGAUGGAUGGUGGACAACCAAUAUCCUAUGAGAAGGCUAGGGCAUAUUUUGCUAGAGACCCCUCUCAAAAAUGGGCAGCAUAUGUGGCUGGUACUAUUCUUGUAUUGAUGAGAGAACUUGGUGCUCGAUUUGAUAAUAGCAUCAGUAUACUGGUACAUUCUGGAGUUCCUGAAGGCAAAGGUGUGUCUUCUUCUGCUGCAGUGGAGGUUGCUACCAUGUCUGCUGUUGCUGCUGCUCAUGGAUUGAACAUCACUCCAAAAGAUCUUGCUUUACUUUGUCAGAAGGUUGAAAAUCAUGUUGUUGGAGCUCCAUGCGGGGUAAUGGACCAGAUGGCUUCGGCUUGUGGUGAAGCAAACAAACUACUGGCAAUGGUGUGCCAGCCUGCAGAGGUUCUAGGAUUGAUCGAUAUCCCCCCUCAUGUACAAUUCUGGGGAAUUGACUCUGGGAUUCGACAUAGUGUGGGUGGCACAGAUUAUGGUUCAGUCAGGAUUGGUGCUUUUAUGGGUCGUAAGAUGAUAAAGUCAACGGCAUCUUCUGUACUCUCAAAAACUUCAUCGGAAGAUGGUUCUCAGCAGCUUGGGAAUGGACUGAACUCUGAGGAGAUGGAAGAUGGUGCUAAGCAGCUCCUUGAAGCCGAGGCCACUUUAGACUACCUAUGCAACCUUCCACCUCACAGAUUUGAGGCAGUGUAUGGCACAAAACUUCCAGAAUCCAUAGCUGGCAAGGAAUUUCUGGAGAAAUAUGUAGGUCAUGAUGAUACUGUCACCGUCAUUGAUGAGAAUCGUAGUUAUGGAGUCAAAGCACCCACAAGGCAUCCUAUCUAUGAGAACUUCCGCGUCAAGACCUUCAAAGCAUUGUUGACUGCUGCUACAUCAGAUGACCAGCUGGCUUCACUUGGGGAACUCAUGUAUCAGUGCCAUUACAGCUACAGUGCCUGUGGGCUCGGCACAACAGGGACAGACAGAUUGGUAGAGCUGGUACAGGAAAUGCAGCAUAGUGAGCUGUCUCAGUCAGAGGGUGGGACGUUGUAUGGGGCAAAGAUCACCGGAGGCGGUAGUGGCGGAGCUGUGUGCAUUGUAGGAAGGAACUGUUUGAGAAGUAGCGAACAAAUCCUUCAGAUUCAACAGAAAUACAAGGAUGCCACGGGCUUCCUACCCUACGUCUUUGAAGGUUCCUCACCUGGUGCUGGCAAGUUCGGGUAUUUGAAAAUAUGCCGCCGCAUCCCAUCCCAGAACUGAGUCCUGAGACCGGUUCUGAGAUAUAUGGAAUUGGAGCCACCCCUGAUGCUGAAGUUUGGGUAUCUUGUCUUUUCAAAAAGGAGGGAACCGAAAAAAUCAAAAUCAAAAUAAAAGAAAGAUAAUCUGAAACAAUGAGAUUACCUCUUCGAUUUGUAUCUUUCAACUUGCAAACGUAAAUGUACAUUGCGAACAUAAUGUCUAAAUUGGUCGGGCCAGAAUUUAAACGCUUA